AUGUGCUCUCUGCCAUUUCCAUAUCCAGCAUUGGGGAUGAACUUCAGAGUUUUUCGGAGGACCGACAGAGAAGCAACUCCACCUGGGGCCCUGGCGAUCGUGAAAGAAGUCGGGGGCCUCAUCCGCGAGAUGGUGGGCGUCCUUGGUGGUGGAGAGAUCGGAGUCCGAAGCAAAAUCGGAAACAGAAGUACUGGCUACCAGAUGAAGUACCCGGAGCCAAUUACCUUGCAAAUCUAUGAGUAUGCAGAUAAACGUGCGGAGGAGGAAGACGUGGCGCCGCCUCCACCGCCUCCGCCGCCGCCGCCUGCACCCACGUUCAAAGCGAGCAAGACCGAAGACAAUCUCAGCGGAGAGGCUGGGAAGACCACCGAGUCAGGUUCGCGUCCCGCGUUGCGCUUCAUGACAUUGUGGCAGCAACUUCACAAGGCAUGUGGUGCACUUUCGAAGGAUACUCCUCCGCUGGACGGUCGCGUCACACCUCGAAAUGUGAAGGACGAGCAAGCACGCCCGCUCCGAAACAGCGAGGAGGACAGUGCCAGUGCCACUCCACCUUUCGAGGAGGAGGAUGAGGACAUGGAGGAAAACGAGCAGGCAGUGGGCAGUUUGAGGCCUGCAUCACCUGCCGGGCCGCCUGCAAUCAGGGCACGGUCACCAAGCCGUCGCGAUUCUGGAAGGAUGCCUCUGUUACCGACGCCACCGGAUCCACCCAAGAAGCAGCUGGAAGCGGAACGCAUGGUGCUAGAGGCCCUCCGCAACAAGGACCCCAUUGGUGUUCCCAACGGAUGGCCUGCCAUUGUAGCUGCAGCCUAUGCGAACGAGCUUGACAGUGUGCAGUGGCUCAUCAAUGCCAAGGCAGAUGUGAAUGCAAUCACCUCCAGCAAGUCAAGCGCUCUUUGGCAGGCAGCAACUCGGCAGCAAAGAAGCCAAAGUUGUCAGCUGCGUGGAAAUUGCAUCCGCGCAACCGGUACUCUGAGGCGCAUGGUGCGGCCCCUCCUGGAGGCCCGUGCCGAUCCGAACCACGUCAAGAAAAGUGCCAAGGGCGUCAGGCGAACCUGCCUCGACAUGGCUCUCAACGAUGAUGCCCCGGCAUCCAUCAUCAAGAUGCUCGAGAUUGCAGGUGGCCGACGUCAUGACAGAGGCGGUGGCGAGGUUGCCCUGGACCUCAAAGAGCACUUGGCUUUCGCAUCCAGAGAAGAUGAGGAUCUCAGCUCACUCAGACCUGGCAAGCGACUUCGUUUGAACAAGUUGCUCAAAGAGGCAACGUCGUUUGCCGAGAUGCUCUCGCGCAUUGGCGACCGGGCGGAGGGUGAGGUGAAAUCCGAACCGUCUUCCCCUUCCACACCUCCAGAUAAACCGGGCAGUGCCUAUGCGGAGCGAUCAGCAUUUAAGCGGGCCUAUGCGCGCAAGAUGUUGCCGCUCUGCGGCGAGAAGCCAGUACUGGACUUCUCGGCGUACAGGACGAGCGUGAAGGCAACUGAGCUUUGCCCGCAACCAGCUUUCAAGUGUAUGAGUAGGAGGAGGACCAACACACGUUGUAAGGACCGACUAGAGCUUCCCUCUGAGCAACAGGCCUCAGAGCCGAAGCGGCGGAUCUACGCUGGACUGGAGAUUCCGCCAGCGGAGCGAUGGCGGGCUGGAGUUGGCGGCAGCUUGCCGGCAGAUCCUGCUGCUGAAGACAAGCCUGACUUGCUCAAG